AUGAUCUUCUCGGCCCCGGCAUUAUUCCGGGCUUUUCACGCCUCACAACCUUCUUUACGAGUAACUACUACAGAACCUUUAAGAGCUAAAGAAGCACCAUCAACGAUUUCAAACAAAUAUCCAGUAAUUGAUCACACGUAUGAUGCAAUUGUAGUCGGUGCUGGUGGUGCCGGUUUACGUGCUGCUUUUGGUCUUGCAGAAGCUGGCUUUAAUACUGCAUGCAUCACAAAAUUAUUUCCUACAAGAUCACAUACAGUUGCCGCACAGGGAGGCAUUAAUGCUGCACUCGGUAACAUGAGUGAAGAUGAUUGGCGUUGGCACAUGUAUGAUACUGUCAAAGGUAGUGACUGGCUUGGUGAUCAAGAUGCAAUACAUUAUAUGUGUCGUGAAGCACCCGAUGUCGUAAUUGAACUUGAACAUUUUGGUGUACCAUUCUCAAGAACUGAAGAUGGCAAAAUAUAUCAAAGAGCUUUUGGUGGACAAAGUUUAAAAUUUGGGCAAGCUUAUCGAUGUGCGGCUGUUGCUGACCGUACUGGUCAUGCUCUUUUACAUACAUUAUAUGGUCAAUCUCUAAAAUAUAGUGCCAAUUACUUCAUCGAAUUUUUUGCACUUGAUCUUUUAAUGGAAGAUGGAGUAUGUCGUGGCGUAAUUGCUAUAAAUCAAGAAGAUGGUACCUUACAUCGUUUCCGUUCUCACAAAACUGUAUUGGCCACUGGUGGUUAUGGUCGUACUUAUUUUUCAUGUACCAGUGCACACACAUGUACCGGUGAUGGAAAUGCAAUGGUCUCUCGUGCUGGAUUACCUUUACAAGAUUUGGAAUUCGUACAAUUCCAUCCUACUGGUAUUUAUGGUUCUGGAUGCUUGAUUACUGAAGGUUCUAGAGGAGAAGGUGGCUAUCUUCUCAAUUCCCAAGGUGAACGUUUUAUGGAACGUUACGCUCCUACAGCAAAAGAUCUGGCAUCUCGUGACGUUGUAUCACGUUCAAUGACCUUGGAGAUUCGUGAAGGUCGUGGAGUUGGACCUGAGCACGACCACAUAUUCUUGCAACUUUCACAUUUACCAGCUGAAGUAUUGCAUGAACGUUUACCUGGUAUUUCUGAAACAGCAGCUAUAUUUGCAGGAGUUGAUGUCACUAAAGAACCUAUUCCUGUAUUACCAACUGUUCACUAUAACAUGGGUGGUAUACCAACGCGAUAUACCGGAGAAGUAUUGACAAUUGAUGAAAAAGGCAAUGACAAGAUAGUUCCGGGACUUUACGCAGCUGGUGAAGCAGCUUGUGUAUCUGUCCAUGGUGCUAAUCGUCUUGGUGCAAAUUCUUUGCUUGAUAUCGUAGUAUUUGGUCGUGCAUGUGCUCACCAUAUUCGAGAUACUUUGGAACCAGGAACACCACAUAAGCCUCUCACUCCAGAUGCAGGCACUAAGUCUAUUGCAAACCUUGAUAAGCUUCGUAACGCGAGUGGCAAAUUACCUACCGCAGAUAUUCGUUUAAAGAUGCAAAAGGCUAUGCAAAAGGAUGCUGCAGUUUUUAGAACACAGAGUUCUCUAGAGGAAGGCGUUAAAAACAUAGAUGGAGUGUGGGAAUCUUUCAAAGAUGUCAAAGUAUCCGAUCGGUCAAUGAUUUGGAAUUCUGAUCUGAUAGAAACUUUCGAGUUACAAAAUUUAUUGACUAAUGCAGUUCAAACGUUGCAUUCUGCGGUGGCCCGUAAAGAAUCUCGUGGAGCUCACGCUCGUGAAGAUUUCAAGGAACGUAAUGAUGCAGAAUGGUUAAAACAUACACUAUCCUGGCAAGACCAUCAAACGGGAGAAGUCACGUUAAAAUACAGAGAAGUAACACAAAAGACAUUAGACGAAAAUGAAUGUGCUAGUUUAACAAUUAUUUAUGACUACAAUAAAACCUGGAUUGAAAACUACUCUCCAGUAAUUGAGAUAAGGAUUCGCCGGUAG